AUGAUAUCCUUGGAGAUACGUGCUGGGAAUUGAAUAAUCGGUUUUCUGACGCUAUGGACUACUGAACUCAUUAUAUUUCUGGAGGUAGGCAGUGAAAGAAGCGCUUUGCAACUCAUUGCGCAUGCCUUGUGAUAUGUUAUAGGCUUUCUCGAUGAAGUCUAGUGGCAUGCUGGUGUACACGCUGAUUCGCAGUUAAUGCCGCGAAUUUCCCCAUGCAUGAAGUCUUAACGUCAUGCAGCGAAAUCAGCUUCCCGUCAAUGCAACCUCCCUUCUAUUGUCUGGGGCCCAGAGCUCGGCUGUCAUGUUGUGUUACAUGCCCUACCACGGAACCCCUUGCGCGGCCCCAUCUGUCAGUUGGAAUGUGGAAUCCCAUUUGUUGGCAGAUCGUUUAUCCAGAUUCCAGCCCUGCCCGUGGAAACCCAGAUCAGUUCGGAGAUCUGCACUGCGGAUCCCUCGCAUAUCCACGCAGUCGUCAUCUUACCUUCCCAGAUUAUAUCCACCCCAUUCUCUGCAACCAAUCUUCCACCUAAUGCGGGACAUAUCGAUAGUUCACUAUCUGGUAAUAAACAAUGCCAGAUCCCACAUAAUUAUUGUACAGACACAAGCACAAUUGCGAUCGGCCGAAGUGACCUGGCUCAGCUGCCCUCCAUUAUCGCAUCCAGCAAGUCGAUAAGGACAUUCCUAACCAACAAAGCUGUAAAUUUGGGGAAAUAGAGUGGGCAAGCCGCAUGCAUCUCCGCGAAACCGCAUACUUCAACUUAACAGCCCGCUGAACACGGAUUUCCUCCACCGAGUAGCAUACCCAUGGCUCCUGAGUUCUAUUUUCUCCACAAUAUACGAUUUGUGAUGAUA